UUUCAGUCUGAUAAGAGCACCAUCCGGGAGUGGUUCGGUUUGAGUCGUCAAGCGCCAAGUGAUGUGGGAAUUCAUUAAAGCUGUUUUUGUGGCCACUUUUACGUAUUUCAAGUUUGAAAUAUCUUGUCGGCUCACGAGAAAAUUUCCACCGGCUGUUAGACCAAUUCUAGAGAUUCGUCAAGGUCGAAUUCGAGGCGUGACCUCAACGCUACCCGAUGGCCGACCGUAUCAUUAUUUUCGUGGGAUACCCUACGCCAAGGCACCCAUCCGUGAGCUCCGUUUCCGAGCACCGGUUCCAAUUGAGCGAUUUUACCAACCACUCGUGGACUGUACGGUGGACAGAAGUGCCUGUAUUCAACCUUUUCCUGGAGGAUUUCUCAGUGGAAAAGAGAAUGGAUUGUACCUGAACGUGUAUACAUCUGAGCUUCCUAUGGAGAAUGAAAGUAACUCGAAGCUCCAACCGGUAAUGAUUUGGAUUCACGGUGGAGGAUUCAUCAGUGGAUCAGGAAACAGCUUCAUUUAUGAUCCAGUGUAUCUAGUGCAGGAUGGUGUUGUAGUAGUUACCAUGAACUACCGCUUGGGAGCGUUGGGGUUUCUUUCAUUGCCUUCUGCAGGGAUCGCUGGCAAUGCUGGACUGAAAGAUCAACUGUUGGUGUUUCGAUGGGUACAAGAAAACAUAACCAAAUUUGGUGGUGAUCCAAACAAUGUGACUGUAUUCGGUGAGAGUGCGGGAAGCAUGGCCGCUUAUCUUCAUUAUCUUUCGCCAAAUUCUAGAAAAUACUUCAACCGCGUGAUCUGCCAGAGUGGGGUGGCGUGUUACGAAUCAUUCUUCCAAAAAGACCCUUCCAUCAAGGCACGAAAACUUGCGCAAUGUCUAGGCUACACUGGGCAGGAUGACGCCAAAGUCUUGGAGACUCUACAAAACGCCCCUGCAGCAUUAUUGAUCAAGCACAGCAAUGAUACGUUGGACGAUCAAGAGAAAGAUUUGGCAUUCACUUUGCCUUUUCGGCCGGUGGUGGAAGACCAGUUGACGGACGACAGUAUCAUCACCGAUUUCCCCGAAAAUAUAUUGAAACAAUAUGACACAAUCCGAAUGCCGCUGAUCAAUGGCUGCACCGAUGGGGAAGGUCUUUUGGCGCUGCGCAUGCUUAUGAGUCGACUGAGGGUGCUCGAUCAAGACAGCACCCGUUUAGUGCCACAACUGAUGGGCAGUCCCCCGGGGAUGGAUAAGGCUGCUCUCGGAGAAGAAAUCCGUAGAUUUUAUUUCGAUCAGAAACCCAUCGACAAAAAAGCCCUCAAGCAGAUAACCGACCUGAUGUCAGACAACACGUUCAUCACUAAUACUAUAAUCGCAGCAGAAUGGUUAGCCAAAAAUCAACCCAAUGCCAAACAUUAUCAUUACAGGUUCACUUACGAUGGACGGUUCAGUUUUUCCAAGAAAAUCUUCAACUUGAGCCAUGUUCCAGGAGCCAGUCAUGGGGAUGACAUUUUCUAUAUGUUUAGGUCUGCGUUGUUACCUUCACUGGACAAGAAAAGUGAAGAAGCUCAGGUGAGAGCGAUAAUGGUACGCUUAUGGACAAAUUUCGCUAAAUAUGGCAAUCCAACGCCGGGAACAGAAGAUGAUCCCAUCUUGUGUUGUCAAUGGAAUCCUGUGACACCCGUGGAUAAGAACUCGGAACACUUCGACCUCGAUUGUCUGGAAAUAAACGUUCGACCAAAGAUGAUUCGGAAUCCGAAUCACUCAAGAAUGCAGCUAUGGAGGGGUUUCCUGAAGAAGUACAGGAAAAAUUACCUCUGACAUUUAUGAAUUAUUAUGUUUAUAAUG